AUGCUACCUCAUUGUGCACUGUGCGCGCACGAGGACGUCGUGCGCCGUGCGCAUCAGCAGGCGGCGGCGCAGCAGCAGCCGCACCACUCCUCGACCAUUGUUGCGCAGCAGCUGCAAGACCUGCACGCUCUGCACGCAAAGCUGGGCGACGAGGCGGUCACGAGCUGCCUGCACCGCUCGUGGGACUUUCCCGCCUUCUUGCCGACUGUGAUCAGCAUCCUCGGGACCCACAGCCGCUGGCCAAACCUGACCUUCGAUGAGACUCUUCUCGUCACCAAGUUUGUCGGCAUGGGCUUCCCGGAGGACGAGAGCAUCCGUGUCUUGAGUUCGGUCAGCGGCGACCAGGGUAAGGCACUGGAGAAGCUGGAGGCUUCCCACCCGCCUGCCUCGCGCGCGCCUGCGUCUCCAUCGGGACCGACGCCGUCUUGUGCGACGCCGACCACGCAGCCCGCACCUCCUCGCGCCUCUGUCCCUGCCAAGCUUUUUAGCCAAAGCAGCUAUCUCGCGGCGUACCAGCGCACCGCUCCGCCGGAGCAGGGGUAUGAGCUGCUUGCAAAGGUCCACCGCCUCUGCUGCCUCUUUGCUGCAGCCAAGGUCAGAGAUGAAGCGGCCGAUGUCCGCUCUCGCGCGGCCGCGGCUGCCGACCGCUUCUUCAACGACCUCCAGCGGCAGCUCGACUCGCGCAGUGGCCACCUGGCCGAUGUGGGUACGGCGGCAACGCGCAUCUGGAGCAGCGCCGUGACGCUGAGGCUCGGUCCGCCUGGCGACCUCAUCGGAGAGUAUGAGUUCGCCCAGAUGCUGAACGAGGUGCUGCGAGGAGACCGGGCGAGCGAGCUGCUGGACUGCGCCGUGGUAGUGGCGCGAGCAAUCAACCGCCACUGCGUCCAGGGCACCUACACAGGCUGGCCAGACGGCCCUCUUGGGAUAGGGAACCGGCAGAGCGACAAGAAGGACACCACGUUCAGGGGCGGGGCGCUGCGGCGAGACUUGAUCGACUGGUUUGCUCCGGGCAAAAAGUACCGUACAAACAUGUUUGUCGCGAGCUCCUUCCGGCGUGCGGCUGCGGAGAAGUUCGAGUGCCGCGCGGGGGCGAGCGUGGACAAGGACCCGGUGAGGUGGGUCUUCAAGUUCGAGCACGAGCGGUGCCUGCACGUCAACUUCCUGCGUCCGGGCGCGGAGUCGACAUGCACAAACGAGCUCGAGUUUCUGCUCACGCCCGGCUCGGUCUUGGUGGUCGAAUCCGUGCAGCGCAGCAGCAGCCUGCACGACGCGCCGCACGAGAUCCGCGUCCGCGUCUCGCCCGACAACGCGCUCGAACCACUCGAUCUGCCCGUUGCGCCUUGGUGUUAG